UCCCAGAGUGGGCCAUGUUCCCUAUGGUCAUGGGGGGCCAGACGCUCUGCGCCUUUGCCCAGCCUUUGGUCAUCUUUGCCCCCACCAAGCUGGCAGAUCUCUGGUUCCCUGAACACCAGAGGGCCACGGCUAACAUGAUGGCUUCCAUGGCAAAUACUGUUGGGCUGCUCUUAGCGAAUAUCUUCUCUCCGAUGAUAAUUAGUUACACCAGUACUCUUUUCAUGCUGCCUGUUUCCUAGCAACAGUGGGGAUCCGUGAACGUGUCCCCCCG